AUGAGCUUGCGAUCGCAAAUUGUGCAGUCUUCCGGGACCGAACAUGGAGCAGGUGAUGGAAGGUCGCUGGGCCAGGUUUCCCGUGCCUCCGAAGGCGAGCACGCAGAUCUGAGCACCGAUCACGACUCGAGGCAAGUAGAUGGGCUACCUAUACUCACAUCUCGCGAUGUCAAUAUUGAAGAUGAUGCCAGUCAACUCCACCGUGACCACGGCUAUGCAUCCGCCACAUCCAAGGAAAGCAGUGCAAGACAGUAUCUCAUUAGCGAGGUAACACAAUCUACGAGCCUCAAUGACCAACCUCUGGCAUCCUCACAAAUCGGUGCAUCAUACUGGACGAGCUUUGAGAAGCAGACGGUGCUUCGUAAUGCUCAGAAGUAUGGAUCCACUAAUUUGGUGGCCUUGUCGCGCUCAAUCCCGACUAAAAGUGAACCCGAGAUACAUUUCUAUCUCAAUCUAUUGCAGGAUGGGGCCACGGAGGCACUCACUCAGCCUCAUACGCCAGGGUUCUCGUUCGAGAACGUGUCUGCUGCAUAUGAAAUCAGCCCUGAGCUUGAAGCCAACCUGAACGCUGCAGCAGAUGUCUUGAGACAGAAAGUGGAAUUUAGAGAUGCGCACCACGAGCGAGCAAAUUAUGGUACGGAUUGGUUGGUUGAUGAAAGAUUUGCUGCCUCGAUCGUCGCCGGCACGGACACCGUCAUUGAGGAUGAUUCCAACAUAAGUGAAGAUGACAGGGCCGCAGCAAUCAAAGAAGAUGACGUCCACGAUGAAAUUACUGCACUUGGGUUGCUUAACCCCGAGAUUCUGCUGGAUUUAUCGAGUACGAUCUUCAUGAACUCUACGCUGGGCUCCGAGCAAAAUUGGCGUGAGCUUUUACCCUCUGACGGCAGUAUCGAAGGUCCUGCCAUCUUCCGCACAGCCUUCGAAGACCUGUACAGUCUCGUCGUGUACCAAACACGCCGCCUGGUGCAAGGCACCCUUUAUCAGUCUCAAUCUCGACUGCGGGCAAGCGACGAUUCACGGGCUAAUUGGCAGCCCAAGCCCGAAGUCCGCGAGAUAGACGUGAGGGCUGCGAUCUCAAUACUUGGAAUGCGGCCGACGUGGCCGUCAUAUUGGGCCAAGCUGCCACAGAGAUUAGGUAUCGAGGUAUACAGCGACGUUCAGAGGUACAAAGACGGCCGGCCUGGCACUAAGACUGGAGUGAAACUCACUGCACGUGAGAUCGAAUACGAGCUUGGUGCUGCAGAUAUAGACCCGACUUUGACCAGUGCCGACGAUCUCAGUGACGUGGUUUUGUCUGACUUCGGCAGCGAUGACCUGACGGAGGUGAGCGAAUCAGAUUGCCUAUCCGAAGAUGGCUCUGACCACUAUGCAGCCUUGGCCGAUGACGAUGAGAAAGGGGAAGGGCUUGGAAAUGAUGCGAAGCGCGAUCCUGCACCUCGACGUAAGCGCAGGAGAUCAUUAAGCCCAUCGGCGUUUGCCAGAGCAGAGGCGCAACUCCUCGAACACCUUGAUCGGGAUGCUUCGAAGGAGGAAGUACAACAGCUCUGGAAUAUUGUCGGGAAAACACCAGACGAGGCUGAACAAUAUGACAAUUCGAUGCUCAGGCCACUAGUCGGAGGGAAAGAGGUUGAGAGUGCAGAUCAUUGGCGUCGCCAAGUGAAGUACUGGAGUCAUUGGGAAUUCUCUGUCGAUGCAGUUCCCCAAAGUGCAUUUGUGUCGAUGCACGAGUGUGGUGUCGCGGGCCACGAAAAGCGACGACGUCUGCAUCAACGUACUGCAUCCGAGGAUCUUGAUCACACAACUGCGGACACAACACAAGCCAGAGAUCGAGAUGACGUGUCAGAGUUGGGACCUGAAAGCGUGGAUAAAUUCGAUGGAGAGGACUAA